AUGGGUGCCGUAGUAUCUUGCGUUCAAUCCAUCUUCCGUACCAUCGGAAACGUCAUCAUGGCCAUUAUCUCUGGCAUUGGUAACAUCCUUGUAUCCAUCAUCAACGGCAUCGUGUCCUUUUUCGGCAUUAUCAUCAGCUUCCUGACCUGCGGCUACUGCGGCGGCCACAAGCGCAGGACAGGCGGCGGUAUGUCCACCGGCACAUCAACCGGUACGCGGCGCGGCGGAUGGGGCCGACGUCGCCAUGCUACCACCGCGAGCCGCAUCUAG